AUGCCGGUGCUCUUGCGUUUCAGCAAUAAGGAGGCGAUGCGCUGGUCCCACGUGCUGCUGACCAAGGUGUUCUCGGGUCCGGUCUGCGACGUCGUGUUCACGCUGGCUCAGGACAACCUGGCGCUGACGGCCUACGCUGUGGAAGUGGUGACGGGGGACGAGCACCCGUCGUUCUACGGCCACACGGAGCGCGUGCAGCAGCUGACUGUCAGUCCGGACGGCUCGCGGUUCGUCUCGGCCAGCGACGACCAGACGCUCAAGAUCUGGGACCUGGAGGCGGCCGUGCGUGCCGCGUACGGUACUGACGAGCACGACGUGUCCUCCGGCCAGCGGUCGCCGUCGCCGCGCGUGCGUCCCUCGUCGGGCGCGUUCCUGUUCCCGGAGGCAGCGCCGCGCGACGACAGCCUGCUGACGCUGCGCGGCCACCGGGCGGCCGUGCUGUGCGUCGACUGGUCGCCCGACGGCGCCCACCUGCUCUCCGGCGACGUCGAGGGCACGUUCAAGCUGUGGGACGUCCUGGGAGGUCCGCUGUUCGAGAAGGAGAAGGCUCACAACGGCCACAUCACGUGCUGCAACCUUCUCGCCGGACAGCACCUACUUCGCCACGGGCCGCCGCCGACGGCCGCGUCCGGCUACAACAACUCGAUCGUCUCUGUGGCUGAUAACGAGAUCUUCUGCUGGGUGUGGGACACGAGCCGGCGGCCGAGUCGCGACUACGUGGAAGUCAAGAAUGCAGGCGGGCGCGUCAUCUCGACACAGCGCGGCUUCGCCGGGUCGGUGACCUCACUGGUGUUCUCCCACGACGGCGAGCGGCUGCUGGCGGGCGCCGGCGACAUGGUCACCUCGUGCAGCCUCACCAGGACGCCCAAGGUGGAGGACAGCCUGCAGCCGCUGUUCUCGGCGCGGUUCGCCUCGCCCGACCCGAGCUCGCUGGUCGUCGCCGCCAUCACGUCCAACAACGGCGUCCAGGGCCAGUUGGACCGUGAGCUAAUGGUCCUCAGAGGACUCGAUGGCACCAUUGUGACCACGACGAAGCCCGUGGGGGAGAAGAUCUGCAUCACGGAGAUCAACCAAGCCGGAACUAUGGUGGCGUUCGGCUGCGAGGACGGCUCCGUAGGCGUGUACGAGAUCGCGGUGGCGUCGGCGAGCCGCGCCGAGCCCAACAUCCUCGGCAAGCACAGCCAGCGCGUCAUCUCGCUGCAGUUCGGGGCCGGACGGCGCCGUCAGGACAGGAACAUGAAGGGUGAGCGGCUCAAGAGGACGGGAACAUGA